CAGCGCCCGCCCCUUCCGGGUGUCGGCGCGGCGGCGGGCGCAGCAUGAGGCGGGUGACGCUGUUCGUCAACGGCAGCGCCCGCAACGGGAAGGUCGUGGCUGUGUAUGGGACUCUCUCAGAUUUGCUCUCUGUGGCCAGCAACAAGCUCGGGAUAAAAGCCACCAGCGUUUACAACGGGAAAGGAGGGCUGAUUGAUGAUAUUGCUUUGAUUAGGGAUGAUGAUGUUUUGUUUGUCUGUGAAGGGGAGCCCUUCAUUGAUCCUCAGACUGAUGGGAGAGCUCAGGAGGAGCUGACAGGCUCUCACACAGACUGGCUGACUCUCAAUGUGGGAGGCAGAUAUUUCACCACCACCCGGAGCACUUUGGUUAACAAAGAACCUGACAGUAUGUUGGCACACAUGUUCAAAGACAAAGAUGCUUGGGGGAAUAAGCAAGAUCCUAGAGGAGCUUUCCUCAUUGACCGCAGUCCUGAGUAUUUUGAGCCCAUUUUGAACUAUUUGCGUCACGGACAGCUCAUUGUAAAUGAUGGCAUUAAUUUGCUAGGGGUUUUGGAAGAAGCCAGGUUUUUUGGGAUCGACUCCCUCAUUGAACACCUGGAAGUUGCUAUUAAGAACUCCCAGCCAGCUGAGGAUCACUCUCCCAUCUCUCGGAAGGAGUUUGUGCGAUUCCUGCUGGCCACGCCCACCAAGUCGGAGCUGCGCUGUCAGGGUCUGAAUUUCAGUGGAGCCGACCUUUCCCGCCUGGAUCUUCGCUACAUCAACUUCAAGAUGGCAAAUCUGAGUCGCUGCAACCUGGCCCAUGCCAACCUGUGCUGUGCCAACCUGGAGAGAGCUGACCUGUCUGGAUCUGUGCUGGAUUGUGCCAACCUGCAGGGCGUGAAGAUGUUGUGUUCCAAUGCAGAGGGAGCAUCCCUCAAAGGCUGCAACUUUGAAGAUCCAUCAGGCCUUAAAGCUAAUUUGGAAGGUGCCAACCUGAAGGGUGUGGACAUGGAGGGCAGUCAGAUGACCGGGAUUAACCUGAGAGUGGCCACACUGAAAAAUGCCAAACUAAAAAACUGCAACCUCAGAGGAGCCACACUGGCAGGGACUGACCUGGAGAAUUGUGACCUGUCAGGUUGUGACCUACAAGAAGCAAAUUUGAGGGGAUCUAAUGUGAAAGGAGCCAUCUUUGAGGAGAUGCUGACACCCCUGCACAUGUCCCAGAGUGUCAGAUAGGGGCCAGAACACGCUGGAGAGGAAGGAAUCCAAACAUUCAUCGUGACUUUCUUCACCUCCUCCCCUUCCUGAGUUCAAGUUAUGGUUUUUAGCCACCUUACAUUUGCAGUAGUGCCUAGGUAAACUCUUUUUGGAUCACUUUUGGGGAGGGAAUUUUUGUUUUUAGAGGUACCAACAGAGAGUUUGUACCUCUGUGAGCAGAGUGAGGAAGUGACCAGAGUGUGGCUGGUAUGGGGGGGAAAGGGUUCAAUGGUUUCAUUGUUUAGCAUUGCCUCACUUUGGAAUGCAUUUUAAUUUAUAAAGCACAAUAUAUGCAAUUCUAUUUAUUAAAUCUGUAGCUGCAAUAUGAAUAGAAAAUGUUACUCCUGUACAGUAGCAACCAAGUUGAGGUUUACAGGUUUUUAUUUCCAGUCUGUGUCCAUGCCAGGGGGGGCUCAGUGUCCCCAGGGGUGCUCAGGUCUCUGCUGGGGUGGAAGCUGAUGGGAACAUCCCUGCUCAGAAAUUGGAUGUCUUUAAUUAAUCCUCUCCAAAUGAGUGUGGAGGUGCACUGUCAAUCCCAGCUGGUGAGAAAAAUCCUGUUUUCACAUGUCCUGCCCACUCCAGGCUGGAGUUCCUGCAGAGCUUUCACCCUUGGUGGUGAAUUGAGUGCAGAAAGUGCAGAGCUGUCAGCAGAGCAGAGAGAGGCAGAGGGGCCCCAGCUCCAGCUGCACCCUCCCCUCAUCACCUCAGCAGCUGAAUCUUGCCCUGUUUCCCCUCCAUCUACUAUGCAAAGACUCCCUGAAAGCUCCCUGGGUUUCAUCCUUUUCCCAGCUGCAUCUCCCUGUUCUGUGGCUGGAAAAUCAUCUUGUGCAGGAGCUGCAGGGUGGGGCAGAGGCCUCAGCACCCCUGGGUGUGGGUCAGGAGCUGCUCCCUGCAGGACCCACAGAGUUCUCAGCUCACACCAACAUUUAUGUUACAAUCAAAAAGCACAUGAAGACAUACCAAAAAAAAAAAAAAAAAAAAGAGAGAAAAAAGGUGCAUCAAGAACUUACCUCAGAUGCUUAAACCACCCCAAAGUUCAAACCUUGAAUUUAAGGAAAGCAAGCUGUAGAAACAGAAAGGAGGAGUGAGAACCAGUGGAUCCCAGCUGGAGUUCCACAGUUCUUCAGGGGUUUUUGUCUCUCCCUUGCAGUGCAAUUUCUGUCAUCUUGUUGUCUCAGUUGUUGUUACAAAAAUGCUGCUUUGCCACCAGUCUGGGAGGAUCAGUGGUGAUGUUUUUUUUGGGGGGAAUUGCAGGACUCUCCCUCUUUUUUGAGUUGUUUGACUCAGAUGAGUGAUGGCUCAAAAUCCCAGAGCCACAAGGGUCAGAAUUGGGAUUAAUUCCUGCAGACCCCUCUGGAUCAGGCUCUAGGACAACACUAGAUCCUUGGAGAAAUAAUCUGUAAAUUCCAGGGAAAUGUUGCAGUGUGACUUUGGGGUCCUUUCUCCCACCUCAUGGCUUUCAGUGGGAAUGUUGUGUCUGUUGCAGUAGAAGAUUCUUAGGGCUAGAGAAACAAAUGAAUUAUUUUUCUUUAUCAUAUUUUGUAGCUGGCAGAAGUAAAAUUAUUGUAUUGAAAUAUAUAUAUAUAUAUAUAUAUAUCUAUUUUCAUAAUCACUGUGUAUAAAAUCUCUUUGAACUUUCACUGAAGCACUAUGGAAUAAUCACAGCAUGUGGCACCAUCAUUCACAGCUGGAUUUUAGGAACUUCUUUUGCCAGGACAGAGCUGUGUGAAGAGCCCUGUGCUCAAUUUGCAGGUUCCAGCUUAUUUAAGUUGCAUUAAUAAAAAGUGUGAAAGAGAAAA